UUCAUUCAUCAGCAUCCUGACAUGUUGCACUGGCCUCAUGCAACGCAAGUUAUAAUAGAAAGAAUAUAGUCUCCUUAUGUAACCAUGGAAUAUCAUACUGCAGUUGAUUUGAAUGAUUGAAGCUUGCCUGGUCAGAGAGAAGACUAUGAAGGUUCCUACCAAGUCUUGUUUGUUCACACAAAACAAACUAAGCAUUGUACUGUUCAUUCAUCGCACCAUUCAGCAUGAGUAUACCCGUGUAGUCUAACUAUCCCCCAUAAACUCUGGGACAAUUUGAUGAUACAUAGUCAUAUUUCAAGGCGUUUUUACACCUGUUCAGAUAAAACUUUGCAGAAAAAAUUUAUAAAUCACAGUAUAUGCAGGGGAAGAAGUUACUGGAAUGGGAAUAAGCUGUAGGAUGAUCAAUUAAGAUGCUGAAUGUGAAUACUGACUUCUUCAAGUCCUCAAGACCUCAACUGAUGAAGAGUGCCAAAAAGUAUGUAGAUCCCAUGUGUGCACAGCUGAAAAGAUUGUUCACUGAUGCCCGUUAAGUUGUCAUACAAGAAUGGGAAGACAAGGGAACAACUAUUUAAACAAGACGACUCGAUGUAGUCAUGGCAUGAUUAGCAGACAGGCAGAUUCCGGGGAAACAUCAUGCCAAGCCAAAGCAUGGGGAUGCCAUACAGACCCACAUGGCUAUAUAACUAAGAGCUUUACAGACCACAACUUCACAUCGCCACCUCAAGGCGUCUUCUUCGUGUUCCAGUUCCACCACCAAUUAGCCAAAUGGCGUCCAACAACCAAGUAGCAUCCCACAAUCCAAAGCAGCCAGAGAAGCAAAGUCCGGACAACCCGUCCGGCAGCAACAAGCCUUCAACAGAGUACCAGCUGAAGACACAGCUUCUACUGCUGGCCACUCUGGUUGCGACUGUGACGUAUGCAGCCGGGCUCAACCUGCCAGGGGGGGUCUGGCAGAACACACAGGAUGGACACUUCGCAGGCGACCCGAUCCUUCCGGACACGCACUACCACCGGUACCUUGCGUUCUACUACUGCAACGCGACUGCAUUCGCGGCGUCACUUGUGGCCUGCCUCCUUCUCCUUGUUCUUGAUGAGGCGAAGGACAACAGUGUCUGGGCAACUGUGCUGCGGGCGGUCAUGGUGCUCGAUUUACUUGGCCUCAUGGGGGCCUAUGCUGCUGGAAGCUGCCGGGAUGAUUUUACAACCAUCUACUCCUCAGUGCUAGUGUCUUGCGUCUUCGCCUACAUCAUAUAUGUCUUUGUAACCUAUGCCUUCCGGUGGGCGUUCCCCGAGAGUACAGAAGGCAAGGCUUCUGAGAAGCAAGACAAGGAUCCUGAGAAGCAAGAUAAGGACCCUGAGAAGCAAGACAAGGAUCCUGAUGUAAACAAGCGCGAAGAGGAGCACGAGGUAUUGAUGCUACUAGCAACCUUUGCAGUUACCAUCACAUACGUGGCUGGACUGGGCCCACCUGGUGGAUUCUGGGGCAACAGCCAGGACGGCCACCGUGUGAGCGACCCAAUUAUGCAGGACCACAACUCCAGCCGGUAUCAGGCAUUCUUCGUGUGCAAUAGCACUGCAUUUGUUGCGUCCUUGCUCAUCAUUGUGCUGCUCCUGGACAAGAAGCUGAGCCAGAGAAUCUCUAAAAGGUUUGUUGCACUGUAUGGGUUCAUCGCGGUGGCGCUCAUUGGCCUUGUGGGGGCCUAUGCUGCAGGAAGCUGCAGGGAAGCUGAUAAUACCAUCUAUGUCGUUUUUCUGGCUGGUGCGGUUCUUGCAUACAUAUUUCUACAGAUGGCCAUCACUGAAGCCAUGAACAAGACGAACAAGAAGGAUCGUGUCCCAGACACUGUGGCUCGGGCUCUCAUGGACAAGAAGGAUAGUUGGGACCAUAAAGUACUCACAUCCAUACGUGAUUGUACUUCAGAAUGGCUGAAGCAAAUAAAAGACUGGUUUCAUACAGCUUUUAGCACUAGCAGGGACAGAGGAUCUGACAAAGUAUUGGAAAAGAAUCGCUCUCUUGUCAUGUUGCUUGCUACUCUUGUGGUGAGCAUCACUUACCAGGCAGGACUAGAUCCACCGGGCGGCCUAUGGCCAGAUGACCAGGAAGAGCAUAAGGGCGGUGACCCAGUACUCCUCACAACUCAUCCUACUCGGUACAAGGUGUUCUUCUAUAGCAACUCAGCCGCCUUUGUGACAUCCCUAGUCGUCAUCAUAAUGGUUCAAAGUAGAUUUCUACUUCAGCGCCAUACAUUGCACGCAGCCAUGCUACUGGAUUUGUUUGGCCUCAUAAUUGCAUACGCUGCAGGGAGCAAUAGGGAUUCAAGCACCUCCAUCUAUGUUGUCGCCUUGGCAGGUGUUGUCCUUGUGUAUGUGGUGAUUCACAUAGUAUUCUUCACAUUAGAAGAGCACAUGGACAAAAACCAAGAUCCCGAUAAGUUGGAUAAUAGGCGCGAGAUGUUGCUGCUGCUUGCAAUCUUGGCUGCAACACUCACUUACCAAGCUGGGCUGACCCCACCAGGUGGCUUCUGGUCGGCAGAUGACAAGUUUGGUCAUCAUGCUGGAUUUCCAGUCCUCCUUGAUAACUAUCCUCGUCGUUACAAUGCAUUCUUCUACUGCAAUGCAGCAAGCUUCAUGGCAUCUGUAACUCUCAUAGUUCUUCUUGUGAACCCCACCCUAUACAAGCCGGGCAUACGGUGUUAUGCACUCUAUGUGUGCAUGGUGAUGGGCAUGUUUGGCCUCAUGGGUGCAUAUGCUGCUGGAAGCUCCCGACAUGUACGAACCUCCAUCUAUGUGUUAACUUUAGUGGCUGCGGUGUUCGCCUUCGUCACCUUUCAGGUGCUCAUUUUCUGGAUACGAAACUGGAGGAAAGGGCAGCCUAAAGAGGAAGACUCGCCUAAAGAGGAAGACUUGGACUUAAAUGUCAUGGGGGUGCCAACCCCUGCUGCAGCUACUAGUCAAGUUUCACCAUUCCAUGUUAGUGGUGCGAAGCCUACCCCCCCUGAUCCAGUAGAUGGGUCAUCUGGGCAAGAAGGAAUCAUCAGUGAGUCUUCUGAACCAGUUGCUGGUGACAUGGGGACGGAAGAAAAGGGAACAGAAGAUAAGGGAACAGAAGAAAAGGACCUUCGUGAAUACUUGAUGCUGCUAGGAGUCCUGGCUGCGAGUGUAACAUACCAGUCUGGUUUGAAACCACCAGGUGGCCUCUGGCAGGACAACAACAAUGGACAUAUUGCAGGCGACUCAAUCCUCCGUGACAUCGCCAAAGGCCGGUACCGUGCGUUCUUCUAUAGCAACUCCACUUCGUUUAUGGCUUCUAUUGUCGUCAUUGUCUUGCUACUUCCCGUGAACAAGCACAAGUUCCCACUGUGGCCAAUGCAUACUGCCAUUUUGCUAGACAUGCUAGGCCUCCUUGGAGCCUACGCAGCAGGCAGUACCAGGGAGUGGGAGAUGUCCAGGAAUGUCAUUGCUCUGGUCGUUCCUGUGCUGGCCUAUAUUGCAGCCUACGCGGCAGUGUCAUUCUUCAGCAAGAAGGGCAGUGUGCCAAAGGAAAUUCUGCAUGAACAAUCGCAAUGAUGAAGAAAGCUUAGGUGUGACGUGAUCCUUUAUCUGGUUUGUAAUUUAUUGAACUGCAAGUGCUAUGUGUAUUUCAACAUAUUCAGUUUAUUGUCCACGUGUACUUUUCAUAUGAUAUACAACACAGAUAUCUAUAAAUUAUUGAGUAUUUUGUAUUUUUGUAUAAUCAAGGUAAAAUGGUAUACUUUCUAGUCUUAGAAUUGCCAGCCAUUUGUGUAUGACUAUGUAGUAUUGA